CCUGGGCCUCACUGAGAAGAGGACAUUAGAUUACAGACCAUCUAAUGAGCUCCUUGGUAGCUAAGAAAGAGCUUCACAAAUGAGAGGAGCCUGGAAUAAGCCCUAUUUUGAAAUACCUAAUUUUCUUAAAUAUUCUAGAGAUUUUGACAUCCAGCCCUAUUAUACUCUGUCUUAUUUCAUAUGAUGGCUUUUUCCUAAAUGUUUUGGGAAAAUGAAGGUAAGAAACAACUUGGCGCACCAGUCCCAAGGCCACCCAACUGCGCUAAAUAUGGAGAAACCCAAAGGUCCGCCGAUCCCGUGGCAAGCUCCGCCCACAUGCGCGGUGCCGCGAGAGUAACGCCUCUGGAAGUGCGUCGCGUCUGUGCGCACGCGCUCUUCUGUCUCUCUUGACCUCUGACCCACCAGCAACCCUUGAGCUGGUCCCACUGGGUCGGGAAGCGGCACCCGUCCCCCUAAGGUGGAGCGGCCGCCAUGGCCAAGUACCUGGCCCAGAUCAUUGUGAUGGGUGUGCAGGUGGUGGGCAGAGCCUUUGCCAGGGCCCUGAGGCAGGAGUUUGCAGCAAGCCAGGCAGCAGCUGAUGCUCGAGGUCGUGCUGGGCACCAGUCUGCAGCUGCAUCCAAUCUCUCUGGCCUCAGCCUCCAGGAAGCCCAACAGAUUCUUAACAUCUCCAAGCUGACCCCUGAGGAGGUCCAGAAGAAUUAUGAACAUCUAUUUAAGGUGAACGAUAAGUCCGUGGGUGGCUCUUUCUACCUGCAGUCAAAGGUUGUCCGUGCAAAGGAACGCCUAGAUGAGGAACUCCGGAUACAAGCCCAGGAAGACAAAGAAAAAGGGCAGAGGCCCAAAACGUGACUGCUGGGCUCUCCACACCCCACCCAUUGCCUCAUAAUUUAUAGCCUGGUAAUAAAUGUCUUCUCUGUGUUUCUCCACUCCA